AUGAUCACGAAAUCGUUUGAUAAUAAACCAGUGAUUGUUGAAUCUAACUGUUGGUAUAGACAACUAGGCAAUUGCCAAAGAUGGGACAAAAAGAAUAAAAAAUAUAUUGAUGUACGCCAACCUGAGGCCGUUAGGUUGUGUAACCAAAACAUGGGAGGAGUUGAUAAUCCUACAGACUCUGUAAGCCUGGUUAUUGAUAUCCAGAGGGCAUAG